AUGACCUCAACAAACAGUCAGAACUUUCUCGGAGUUGUUGGUAGUGGAGGCGGUGUUGAUGAAGAAGCGAACGAACAUCACACGACCACCUCCCAACAACAACAACAACAAGACAAUGAUUCAACCACCGCGACGACCUCUUCUUCAUCCUCUUCUCCAAUAAUUUAUUCCAACAAUCCCUAUGCAACGACUCCUCAUAAUAACAGCAACAACAACGAGGCUUUUAUAGAAUUAGAAGAAUAUUCAUCCCGGCCAUCGAAUCAACAACAAGCCUAUAACGAUCAUGAAAUACCCGACAAGACCACAACUACCUCGCAAGACUCCAUUUCAUUCACGCCAACGCCUCUCAAAGAUGCUCAAUGUUCAACCAUUCUACUUGUCGAUGAAUCAAGUCAAUUCAUGAAUACCACAACAACAACAACCAAAACAUCAUCCAGUAGAAGUAGUAAAAAUACUACAAGCAAUACAUCAUCCUCUUCAGCAUCAUCAUCCCAUCAUGACCAUCAUUCCAUAGUCACAUUGACAAAGGAAGAAUAUGAAUUAUUGAAACAAUUACAACAAGAAAAUGAAGAAUUGAGAAAAAUUAUAAAUUCAAACGUCGUAAAGGAGAGAAUUAAUACAGAAUUGGUGAAAAACUCAUCACCACUCGUAGUAGCACCACAGACUUUAAAAACAACCAUUGAUCCAAAUACUACCAGUCACACAACUCUCACGUAUCGAAGUCAUGUCAAAAACGCAACCAAUCAUGACGAUGAACAAGAUCAUAUGGCCAAAAAGUAUUUAAACAUUCCAAGUGUUCUUUCUCAACCACAAAGUGAUACAAAACAAGAAGAAAAGAAGAAACAUCACAAAACUUCCUUUAAAUUUCCAAAUAUUCAAGAAUUUAAAAAAUUUAUCAUUUCAUUAAUUUUCCUCUAUUGGACCUAUCUAUCACAUAAUUUAAGAGAAAUUAGAAAACGUAAAUUAGCCUAUCUAUUAGGUGUUGGAUCAUGUGUGGUGGUGGUAUUUGUUGUUUGUGUUUCAUUAACCGUUUUACAACAAGUUCCAAUUAUAUUUUUAAGAUUAGCAGAAAAUAACAAGUAUGAAGCAGAUAUGGUCAUUACUCCAUCGAAUGCCAUCUCUUCAACAACAGCGUUUAACUUGACUGCAAUGAAAGAUAAUAUUAUUAGAGCAACAGGACAAAAAGAUUAUGAAUCUAAAUAUUCAUAUCAUUCACCAAGAAUUGAAUUAACUUCUCAAAAUAUUUAUUCAAGUUCAUCAUGUAAAACUGAAAAUAAUGGUGUUUCAUUACCAUCCUUUAUAGACUCGUUUGAUGACAUGGACAAAAUCUCAUGGUUCUAUAAUGGUAUUAAUUCUUCAUCUUCCUCUUCAUGUCGAAGAUCAUCAAGUUUUUGUGUACCAAAAUAUUGUACUCAAGUGGUCAAGAGUAAUUUAUAUAUUCUUGAUUUGGAGAGAGAACGUAGAAUGGAAUUUGGAAGAGCCUUUGAAUAUCCUUUACUUCAAAAGAAUGAAGCUUAUGUUUCAUCAUCGAUGGCAUCUAAUUUGAAUUUAAAAGUUGGAGAUACUUUUAUCAUUCAAAUGAAUACCAAAGAAGUAUUGAAUGGACCAUUUAGACAAGCUGAUUUAAUUUAUGAUCCUUCUAACUCGACUCUUGUCGAUAAGGUUCUCAAAUUUACGACAUAUUUUUCAUUUCGAGUCAAAGAUAUCAUUCCACAUAAUUUUAGAAAAAUGGAAUAUACAGUGAGAGAUUUUAUUUUUAUCGAGUACAAGUAUUUACUACAUUCUAUAGCACCCUAUUUAAAUCCAAAUCAAUAUUCAAAAACAUCUCUCAUGAAUUUAUUAAGAGUCAAUAUGGAUGAAUAUGCCAAAGUUGUUUAUUGGAAUUUAGCACCAAGUAGAAUACAAAAAUAUAAUUUACAACAAUAUACGGAUGUGAGAUCAUUGGUUGUCAAUUUUGCAUCCUCUCUCUCGUAUUAUAUUGGAUUUGAUCAAGUCUCACAAACCUAUCCAGUAUUACAAUUUUUAAAUAGUUUGAGAUUUGUUUCCAUGUUCUUGAGUCUUAUUAUUAAUGUCAUUAUUACUAUUUUGACAUUACUUUCCACCGUAUUGAUUUAUUCUCUAUUAAUGAUCAAUGUUGAAAAUAGAACCUUUGAAAUGGGUGUAUUGAGAAUGAUUGGAAUGCAUCGGAAAGGCUUAAUUCAGUUAAUUAUCAUUCAAGCCUUUUUAUAUUCCAUACCAGGAUUGCUUUUGGGUUUAAUUUCAGGAGGUGCAAGUUAUGUGGGUGUGAGUUAUUUAUUGGGAUAUUUUUUUGAUGCGAGUCUCUCUAAAUUACUAGAUCCCACAUCAGUGGGUGUUGCUAUUGCACUUGGACUGGUCAUUCCCAUUCUCGCCAGCUUGUUACCAAUCAAAUCAGCAUUGGGUCAAAAUUUGCAUGACUCUCUCGACACGGAAAGAAGUAAAACCAAAUCCAUUGAAUAUUCCAUUGAGAGAAAUUCUGAAACAUCCUUCUCUCCGACUUUGGUAGCAGUUCCUCUUCUUGCCAUUGUUGCUGGAUUUUGUGUUUAUUACUUCUUCCCAAGUGCAUUAUUAACAUUGAAUUUAAAUAUUCUAUUGAGCAUGUUCUUUGCAGUAUUGCUUGGAAUGUUAUUAGGACUUGUCGUAUUGGCACUCAAUUUAGAAAAUAUUUUAGAAGCCAUUCUCACUCAUUUAUUACUAUUUUGGGAACAUGUAGCAUUGAAACAAUUAAUUUUAAAGAAUUUAGUAGCACAUCGAGUUCGAAAUCGUAAAACAACCAUCAUGUAUGCCAUGUCUUUGGGAUUUGUUAUUUUUGUAUCCAUUGCCUUUAAUUUACAAUUAUCUAAUUUUAAAUACAUUUCAAUACAAGAUUAUGGAACACGAUUGAUCGUAACAGAUAAUAAUAGUUUAGAAAUUUCAAGUUAUUUGGCACAAUUAGAGUGGUAUUUGAUGAAUUAUCAUCGACAAGUGGUAAAAGAUGUUUCAUUCAUGUCCUAUCCAUUGACGUAUUAUACUGCGUAUUCAAAGAAUGAAAUUUCAACUAUGGGUGGUUAUAAAACAUAUACACAAACUAUUCGAUGUGUUCCUCCCAAUUUCUUUAAUAUUGCCAAUCCAUACUUUUUAAUUACUGAUCAAACCUCACGUGAGAAUUCAUAUUCAUUGAGUGAACAAUUAUAUACCAUUUCAGGAUCACAGAGAAUACUCAUAGGAACAGCUUACAAACAAUUACUCUCUUUAAAGAAUUUAGAAAACAUGUUGGUAGUGAAAUAUACAACACCCACAGAUCGAUUUCCAAUUUAUAAUUAUACAUUGAUGAAACCAAUGGCAUUUGUGAAUUCAGCACCUGUAUUUUUAUUUUCUGCAUUUCCAAGUUCAACUUCACAACCAGCUGUGGUUUCAUGUACAACGUAUAUGAGAAUGGCAAAUCAAACAUUUAACUCUCUCAUGGAUGUACCUAUUGAAAGAUUAUUUAUUGAUGUCUAUAGUAAUGCAACAGAGAAUCAAGUGAAAGCAUUUAAGAGUGAUUUUUCAAGUUAUAUUCGACUACUUAGUAUUAGUUUGAAAGAUGUCAAUGACGAAAUGGAGACCAUUAAUGUUGCUCUUGAUGCUACCAACUUUUUAUUACUCUUUGUGACUGUACUCUCCAUGAUUAUGUGUUUCUUUAGUUUAGUCUCUUCACUCUACACGAACAUUCAAGAACAAACCAAAGAGAUUGCAAUUUUGAGAGCCAUUGGAUGUAAAAAGUUUUUUGUGACACGACUCUAUGUUUAUGAAGCAUUGAUAUUGGUGUUGGCAGCUUCAUUGAUUGGUAUUGUCAUUGGUUUUAUCAUUGGUUUUACCAUGAUGAUUCAAUCGAACUUGUUUACUGAACUGCCUAUCAGUGUGUAUGUUCCAUGGCAACUCAUUCUCAUUGUGGUUGGAUUGGCAUUCUUGAGUGCAUUCUUGAGUGCCUUCUUCCCAGUCGUUUCAUUGUUGAGAAAUGGAAUUGUAACCUUGUUGAAACGAAUGGUCACUUAA